ACAACAUGAACAGAGUGAGCUCAUAGGCACAGCCUCUGCCUCUGUAGCUGUCACCUCGAGGAGAAGGUGAUUCAUCAACCCAGUCCUCCCAUUACCAAAUCGAUCAACAACAUUCUUGACGUUGAGGUACCUCUUUCCAACUUCGAAAGAAAAUUUGAUGAACUGAGAUUCGAGGAUGAGUUCAAAAAGAGCAAACGGAAAUGGGAGGGGCAAGCAAGUCAUUGAAGCAGACAAUUGGCAGCUAAGCCAAGGUGUAGCUGAUCUUAGCAUGGGUUCAGAAGAAGCUAAUGGAGGGUGGGAAGAAGUUGGAAAGAAAACGAAGAACCGAACUGGAAGUAGUGCUGCAAAGGGUACUCAAAAGUCUAACACAAAGGCAUGGGCGCACCAAGAUGUCCAAAAGCUCAAUAUGUGGAGUGGUAACGGAGGAUCACAAGUUGUUAAUAUGUUUAAACCAGCUGGAAGAGGAAACUCAAGGCUGCUACCUAACAGUACCCCUCAGCAAGUCAUUACCCCUCCACUGCACAAUGGGUGGAAUUGGAAGUCAAAGGCUGGCAACAAUGACAGAUAUGUGCCUGCUGCAGCUUAUCCUGCUGAUGAUGAUGAUGAGUCUGAUGCUUUGAGCGACCUUGAUGAUGAGGAUGAUGAUGACGAAAAUGACAUUUUCAGUGAUGACUCAGACUCUAGUCGUAUGAGUCACGGCACUCAAAAGAACAGCAAGUGGUUCAAAGAUUUCUUCGACAUUUUGGAUACGUUAAGCGUAGAGGAUAUAAAUGAUCCUAAUAGGCAGUGGCACUGUCCUGCUUGCAAAGGAGGUCCUGGUGCCAUUGAAUGGUAUCAAGGCAUGCAGCCAUUGAUCAGACAUGCGGAAACAAAAGGAUCGAAAAGGGUGAAGCUUCACAGGCAGCUUGCACAACUUCUGGAAGCAGAGUUGAAGGUGCGGGGUACAACUGUUAUACCUGCAGGUGUGGUGUUUGGUAAAUGGGUAGGAUUAAAAGAAGAGGACAGUGAUCACAAAAUUAUCUGGCCUCCAAUGGUAGUUAUCAUGAAUACCAGACUUGAUAAAGACGAAAGUGACAAAUGGCUGGGUAUGGGCACUGAGGAGCUUUUACUCUGCUUCAGCGCUUAUCAACCUUCAAAGGGUAAACACUCUUAUGGCCCCCAAGGACAUUGUGGGAUGAGCACUUUGAUCUUUGAGCCAUCGGCAAUGGGUUACAUUGAGGCUGCACGGCUGCAUAGGCAUUUUGCUGAGCAAGGUUUGGGCAGGGAUGCUUGGGAUCGUAGCCCUGUGUUGUUUCGUCCAGGUGGUAAACGACAGCUUUAUGGUUUCAUGGCAAUGAAACAAGACUUGGAUAUAUUCAACAAGCACUCAGAAGAGAAGCUUAAGCUGAAGUUUGAGGUAAGGUCCUACCAGGAAAUGGUCCUCCACCCCUUGAGAAAGAUGAGUGAGGAAAGUCAACAAGUUAACUAUAUGAAGACCAAGGUUGCUAAAGAAGAGAAACACAGUCAGGCUAUAGAAGAUACUCUUCGUAUAGUAAAUGAGAAGAUGCUAAAGAUACAGGAGGAAAAUCGCGUUUUGAGAGAGAGGACCAGGAUGCACUAUGAACAAAACAAAGAAGAGAUGGAUCUCCAAGAGGAAUUUUACAAGGAUAUGCUAUCCCGUACCUAAAAUUGAUAUGUCAGCUAAAGUCGAUCAAAUUUUGGGACUAUAUUUUGCUUUACAACUGAUUUUUAAAUGGGGCAUUUCAGGGCUCAGUUUCUUUAUUCAUGCUUUA